UAACAGAAUGCCACAAUAACAUAAGCUUGCCAAAAAGCAACUAAUUUUGCCGUGAAAAAAAAAAGUGUGAAAAUAUUGAAAAAUGAAUACCUACAAAACGCAAAUAAAUAAAUAAAUGCAAAAUCAAAAUGUGCACUGCAUAAUACGUAAAGCGUACCGAGUAAACGAGUAGCGGCAAACAAACUACAGCGUAUGUGCAUUAAUAAAAUGAUUUGCGGUUGCGUGGAGCAGCGUCUUUUCCGCAAUUAGCUACUAAAAUACACUGAAAAUAAACAAAAACACAAAGUGCGAAGGCAAUACAAACAACACAUUUUGAAUUUGAAAUUAAUCAAUGCAAACAGCGUGCGCACACUGCACGUAAUUAAAUAAGUUGGCUACUUCUGUUUACUUGCUAAGAGAAACGACAAGUGCGCGCGGUUGGCCCAACUGCAAACCCGGGUUAAUUGGAUUAGGGCCCAAAAAGCGGGGCAGCGGCUGUGCCUGAGGCUGACGUUGAGGCUCUGGCGGUGGCGCAGGCGUUGGCGGCGGCAGGCGUGUCGGGCGCAAUUGGUGUUUGUUGCAAUUAGUUGAUCGGCCUUAGCAAUGGCAACGACACAGCAAUAUUCGCUGCGCUGGAAUAACUAUUUGCGGCAUUUGACCUACUCGCUGGACAAUCACAGGCUGAACGAUGAUUUUGUUGAUGUCAGCCUGUGCGUGGACGGGCGCAAGAUCAAGGCGCACAAGGUGGUGCUCAGCUCGUGUUCAUCGUAUUUUAAGGAGAUAUUUAAAGAGAAUCCGCAUCCACAUCCAGUCAUUAUAUUUAAGUUUAUCAAAUUCGAAGAUCUCAACUCCAUAGUCGAGUUUAUGUAUCAGGGCGAGGUGAAUGUUCAACAAGAGGCGCUGCAAUCCUUUCUGCAGACAGCCGAACUGCUGGCCGUGCAGGGCCUGACCGCUGAGGAGAAGGAGAAACCGCAGCUGCCGGUGGCGCCGCUCAUAAGCGAUCACAAGCUCAUCAAGACGAUACCCAGCACGAUACGCGCCGUCAACGAGCAGCAGCAGCAACAGCAGCAGCAACACCACCAGCAUCAGCAACAGCAGCAGCAGCAGCAUCAGCAGCAGCAGCAACAGCAGCAGGUGGCUGUUGCAAGCAUCGCUCAAGCGCAGAGCGCCACACAAACCAUCGAAAUACCAACGGCCACGCUGUUGCAGGCAACGGCAACGCAGGUUCAAACGCAGGUAGCUGCUGCCGCGGCGGCUCAGCUGCAGGUGCAGCAGACCCAACAGCAGCAGCAGCAGCAACAACAACAGCAGCAGCAGCAUCAUCAUCAUGUACAAAGCACCCAAAUACAACACAUUCAAGUUCAGGCGGCGCCGCCCCAGCAACAACAUCAACAGCAGCAACAGCAGCAGCAACAACAGCAGCAGCAGCAGCAACAACAACAACAGCCACAGCAGGCCGCAGCGCAGGCGCAGCACCUGACCAUCACGAAUACGGUAUCGCUGCCCGCAGCGAACACCGUCAAGAAGCGCAAGAUCACCUUCUCCGAUGACGAUGACAAUAUUUACACCACCGAAACGGUCGACUAUGCCGUCAAGGACGAGCAGACCAUUGUGAAAACUGCUGAGAUGACAUUUCUACGCGGCGCCGUCAAAAUGGAUAUACCCGAUUAUAUAGUCAGUGAGGUGGACGAUCGUUUAUCGGACGGCGCGACGCCACAAACGUCACAGGAUGCGACCACAGCGGCCGCACAGACUGUGGCGCAAUACUCUUCCGAAUACGAGAUCCUAACCGAGUCUGAAAUCGAGGAGAAAUAUCAAGCAGAUCCCGAGAAUGCCGAAAUUGCCAUCGAAAUGACACGCCUGCUGAGCACAGCGAGCGGCGCAACAACCACAACCACCGCACAGGCGGUGCUGGAGGAUCCUAGCGCCGCGCCGACGGGUGCCACAACCACCGUUUCGGUGACGCCAGUCAAAACUGACAACAAAGCCAGCGGCACCAAUGAUUCACCCAAUAAUAAAUGGACAGAAUGUCAAUUUUGCAAAAUGGUUAUAACCACGGUGAAUCUUUGGAGACAUAUUCGCACCCAACAUACGCCCCAACCGCCGCGCAAAUGCGAUCUCUGCAAUAAGAAUUUCAAAAACAAAUACAGCCUACGCGAGCACAUACGCAUCUCCCAUGAGCAGAAGGUGGCCAUCAAGACGGAGAACUGAUGGACGAUCUUUCAGGUGCAGCACGGCGUCAAUUGAAUAUUCCAGGCGGCACGGAACCAAUGCGAGCGAGACGGAGCAUACUAACUAGAAAGAGAGGGCGACACGGAGACAGAGCGAGUACAAGAGAGAGAGAGAGAGAGAGAGAUAUAGAACAUUACGUCCAACAAAAAAAAAAAACAACAAAUGCUGCAAAUGCUAAAAACCUCAGCUAGUGGCAAGACAAAACAACACAAAAAAUAAAUGUAAAGCAAACAAAACUGAAAGAAGAAACAAAAAAAAAAAAAGAGCAGGAGGAGGAGGAGGAGGAUAAUGUUAAAGCACUUUUCCAGUCAUUAGCACUUACUUUGCAUUCAACUAAAAUGAGAAAAGAAAAUGAAAACAAAAAAAAAAAAAGAAAAACAAAAGCUUAAAUCAGAUCUGUUUGAUGGCCGACAAAAAAUUGAUAUAAAUGUAUAGAAAUAGGAAAUGCUUGCUUAUUCAAAUGCUGCAACAGAUCUGAGGCAAAGCGAACUAUAUAACAUUCUAUAUACCAUAUAUUAUUAUUAGUAUAUGUGUGUCUGUCUAUCGAGAUGUUCAUUUGUAAGCCACAGCAAAUGUCGAGUCAGUCGGUUUGUGGAGCUGUUCAAGCCCAAUAUUGACCAAGCCAUGUCAUAUGUAUCUAUAUAUAUAUAUAUAUAUAUAUAAGCAGGCAGUUAUAUAGAUUCCCGGCAAAUUGAAAAACAAAACAAAUUGAAAUUAAUUUAUGUAUUUUAGUUAAUUAGUUAGCCAAGUGCGUAGCGUACAUCACGUAACUGUACAUACAUUAAGCUUAACUCUAAUUAUAUAAUUCCUAGAUUCUAUAUAUAUAUACAUUUGAAUAUAUAUAUUUAUUUUAUAGAGCGCUAGAGCCAAAGCCAGACUAGGCCCACAGUCAAACAAUGUGUUUUUUUUUUAUUUUUUAUUUUUAUUUAUAUAUUUUGCUCAACACACACACACACACACACACACACACACGAAACCUGUACAAAAUGAAAUAUAAUUCAGUUUUAGAUAUUCUCUAAA